UCACGUCACAUAAUAGUGUUAGACACCAUUAAUACUUUUUGAUAAUAUUGGUUUUAUUGUGCAUGGAACUUUAGGCAUGCACUACAAUUUCAUUGCACAUAUAUUAAUAUUUGUUUUUAUCAUCCAAUCCAAUAGUCACAAUAAUAUAUUGCAGAAGAGGGCCUCACCUCAGUCUUUUACUUUUGGGCCAUUUUCAGAUAGUAAUGGUGACAAGAGAAUCCUUAGUAAUGAUGAAUACAGCCGCUCUCAAACCAAGAAAUAAAGAAAAAUAAAGUAUAUUCUUUACCACUUUCUUUAUAAAAAAUACAAAAAAAUCAAAUGGCUCCAAUCCAAAUAGUAGAAAAGAAGAACAAAAAUUUACAAUACCAACACUCAAAAUUCUUACUUUUUUCUUUUUCACCCCAUUUUUCUAAUAGUCCACUUCCUCCAAAUUCAUCAUCACCAUUUUUCUCCUUCAUGUUUUCUUUCUUAAAAACACAUAUAAAGAUAGAACCUUACCAUACUCUAAUAAUCUCCCAAAAGUGUUCUCAAACUAAGUGCCUUAACUUAACAUUUAAAGUAAAGGGUUUUAAGGGUUUAACUUCAUUUUUGCUUUGGAGAGAGUUAUGGAAGGUACUUUCAUGAUUUAGUGAGUAGUUGUGCUACCAAAUGUAGCUCUUUUAAUCGGUUGAAGAGCAUAAUAGAGGAAAAUAGUACUCCUACAAGUUGGGAAGGAGUGAUUUCCACUUGUGCAAAGCCACCAGAAACUCCAACUGAAUCCAUGGAGUUUUUGGCAAGAUCAUGGAGUGUUUCAGCUGUUGAACUCUCCAAAGCUCUCUCUACUUCACAUCAGAAUCCUCUCACCUCAACAACAAACUCUUCUUCUGAAGCUCAUGGUGGUGAUCAUGAUCAUCCAAGCUCUACUGUGGCUUUGAAGGAAUCUAUAUUUCAGCAACUGUCAAGUGAGAAUAGCCCUCCAAUUUCACCAAGAGCCAGUGAUGAAAUGAAGGAGUUAUUUCUACUUCAUCAAGCACUAAAUCCAGAGUUCCUUUCCAGUCAACAGUUGAUAAAAAAUGGGGUAAUAAUCUAUCUCAGCCUCACUAUUAUGUCAUGCCAUGAAUAUCAUAUCAUAUCAGUACCAAUCAUUACUACCAUGCAGCUGUAUAAGAGCAUUAUGAGGAAGAAAACAAUGGGGAGAUGGUUAAAAGAUCAGAAGGAAAGAAAGAAACAGGAAAUCAGAACCCAAAAUGCUCAGUUGCACGCAGCAGUUUCUGUGGCGGGGGUUGCUGCAGCUGUUGCAGCACUUGCAGCUUCAGCUGCAUCGCCUGGAACAUCAGCUGCUCACCGAAAAUCAACUCCUUCAAAGACAUCCACUGCACUAGCAUCGGCAGCUGGUCUGGUGGCAUCUCAUUGCAUCGAGAUUGCUGAGGAAAUGGGCGCCGAUCAUGACCAUAUCUUAGCUGUGGUGAACUCUGCUGUUAAUGCAAAGACUAAUGGCGAUAUCAUGACCUUAACAGCAGCUGCAGCUACUGCCUUAAGAGGAGCUGCUAUUCUAAGAACAAGGCUUCAAAGGGGCUGUGGAAGUACUACAUUUGCAUUGGCUGACGAAAAAGGCGAAGGCCAUGAAUCGAAAGCUUUCACAGCAUUGAACUUUGUUUGCAGAGGAGGAGAACUUCUAAAGCGUACGAGGAAAGGAGAUCUCCAUUGGAAGCAAGUUUCUUUCAGUAUUAACUCAAAUUGGCAGGUUGUGGCGAAAUUGAAAAGCAAAUACAUGGCAGGAACAUUUACCAAAAAGACAAAAUGUGUAGUCUCUGAAGUUCGUUGUGAUAUCCCAGCAUGGCCCGGAAGAGAGAAAGACAGUGACAAAGAAUCAAAGGCAUAUUUCGGGAUAAAGACAGUUGAAAGGACCAUUGAGUUUGAAUGUAAAAAUAAAGAAGAGAAACUAAUGUGGACAGAGGGAAUACAACACAUAUUGAAUUGUCAUGCCAAUGUAACAUUAUCUUAAGUGGUAUGAUGAUUCUUUGUGAUCUUCUGUAAUCAAAUAAACUUGCAGUAAAUAAUCCUUAGAUGUACAUGUCAUUGGGAAAGCAAGCCAGUUUUACAACUUUUACAAUCAUGUACAGAUUGAUCUAUAUCUAUGAAUUGGGAUCAAGUAUGUUCAUUCA